AUGACUCAUCAAGAUCCAUGUAUGGACAAAAGACGUAUGGGCAAAGGCUUGGAUAGGAUUUCUAGAGGAUUAAACAACAAGAUCAAAGUGCACAUUGCUCAAGGAAACAAGCGGCCAGAGGCACCUAUGGAAGCCGCAAAGCUAGCAUCAGAGGCUGGUAUUUUUCUUUGGGACCAUAUCCGAAUCUUCACCCGCUGGAAGGAUUAUGAAGAUGAUGCCGUUAAGGAGCUUUUGGAUGACUACAUGGGAAAAAUUGGUUGGUAUUGCCAUGGCAUGGGACUGAACUAUGAACAACCUGUUUACAGUGACUAUUUCAAGUAUGUUCAAGAAUCAUAUGUCUCGCUGCAAGAUGCUGUAGACCAGAGUAGGAAAGGAUGGUGCACAAGUAGCACUGUAGCAGAUGCUGCUGGAAACAAUCCGGUGUCUAGGUGCAUGCUAGUGUACAGGUUCAUAGCAUUUUCUUUAGCUAAAAAUGCAGUUAAAUUGUCCUAG